UCAAUUGCAAACUACACAGAGCUGUCGAAGACGCCUGCUGUGUGUCUUCGUAUUAUCAACUGCUGCAACCCCAAAGGCAACCGGAGUGAAACCCUUCAUAAUCUGCUGCAUAAUGAAUGCCAACAAAAAGCUAAAGGCCGCAGAAGUUGUCAUCUUUAACAAUGAGCAUUUCAAUGACAAAAAUAUGAACCGUGUGGGAAGCGCCAAGGAUACAGAAUUGUUGCAGAAAACCUUCAGCAAGCUCAAGUGUGACGUGAAAACCAUUAAGGAUGCAACGCUCAAAGAGAUCAGAAACACUAUGAAUAAGUUGGAAAAGAAAAACUAUGAGGAUCGCUCAGCUCUGGUGCUGGUCAUAUUGACUCAUGGUCAAGAUUAUGAUCUGAUAUCUGAGAUCAUCGAUCCCAUAUUGCGCAAUGGAACGCUGAACGACAAGCCGAAGAUCCUCUUCAUUCAGGCCUGCAAGGGCGAAAAAGAGGUGGACAUAUUAGAGGCUCAAUCGAUUCCAUCUCUCCCCAGCGAUGUAUUAAUGUGCUUCAGCACCUUUGAGGGAUUCGUCUCCUAUCGAAAUGAGGAUGGCACGCACUUUAUUAAAGCACUAUGCGAAACGCUGCGCUCCAGGCCGUCUGUGGACAUUCAAACCAAUAUGGAGCAUGUUCGCAUUUUGGUAAAAAAUUCAACCCGUGGUGCUCAAGUCCCAUCGAUAAGCAGCACAAUGAGCAGCGACUAUGUUUUUGGGGAUUACGUCUGAGUCCUAGAGAAACACAUCAUUGGCGUUGACCAGACACUAGAGUCAAUAAGCAAAUUUGUGUAAUCAAUUUCAAACCGGGCCUCAGCCAAUAAAACUUAAAGACCCUUUGCCAUAGGACUGUGGCAAUUGCCCAGCAA